GGAUAACACAGGGACUACUUCUAAACUAUAUACCUUAAGCAGUAGCUUUUUAGUCCUGCUUCUUGGUAUAAUUAUGUAGUCACAAAAACGAAACGCUCUACCACCACAUAAGCUGUGACGAUUCCUAUUUCAAAGACAUGAAACCUGAGAUUCACCACCACGAGAAGUUGACGACCGACUUCUGUCGAGGAGCAAGUCUAAAAAAUUACGUAAUAUGGCUGUCAGUCUGCGUGUUCGCAGUUGCACUGAAAGAUGAGUUUACUGCUACAAAGCCAAGAUACUAAGACUUCUGUCGAGCAAUGUAUCCAUCUGUGUGGUCCUCGGGCUGAAUUUGGAAGCGAAUUAAAAAAAACCGAGCUACAACGAAGAGAGUCACGAAGUAGAUAAAACUAGUGCAACGAGACGAGCGGUCAAGAAGUGGCGCAAUCUUCUCCAUGUUCGUGGAUCUACUUCCUCAAAUGAACUGCAACGGCACAGAGAAACGGAAAGAUUGCGUGUCCAAUGUAACUAAAGCCCAAAAAAUUCCUGUGGUCGGCAUUUUUCUGACAGUUAUCGGCUCCAAGACAUCGUCAUAGAGUAUAGGUUAGCGACCACAGCGAUUUGCUCACUUUAGUCAUCUUUUUUUACAUACAGUGAGUCGUGUGCACAGAUACUACUACCUUCGUUUCGAUCAAUGUUCUUAUUCUUCAUCUAUGUAGACGAUAUUCAAUAUGCAUUGCGCAACAAUAGAUUAAUGUGGGUUUAUUCAACUUCAUCUUGACCUCACAAACAAAUUAUCGCUUUGCACCAGUCGCAGUCUCGAAAUACAACCAAUUAUUAUGAAUACUCACGACAUGAUCAAUUAUCGUAUUUUUCAACAAGAAAAGAUAAUUCGAAAUUGCCUUAACCCUCCAGGCAAUAAUUCUAGAUGGCACCACUCCCGUAUCCACAGUGGGUCAAACGCAUCUUUCGGACUCUUCUUCAUCGAUGCGGCGCGAGACCAAACAUGACCUGGCACCGUCCGAUUUUCGCGAAGAGGGCCUUGACCUCACAAACAAAUUAUCGCUUUGCACCAGUCGCAGUCUCUUCGUCAUAGUUCGAAAGAGUAUGCAGUUCAUUUCCUGACCCAUCGUUCUAUCUUUCCACAAUCAUCAUUUUUUUCUAGCAUUCACAUGAUUCAAAAAAUGUCUAUGUCAGGAGAAAAGACCUUGGACGAGUUGGAAGCCAAGCUUGUGGCCUAUAAGGAGGCGGGCCGCUUGGCGGAGCUGGUAAUGAAGCGAGAGGCAGAAGAAGUUAUUGCCAGGAGGGUCUACGGCUCUGCAGUGCGUAGCUUUGAGAAGAUUAAGGACAAGGCGGAGAAAGAGGCGAAGAGCCUUCGGGCCAAGAUAAAUAAGGAGCAAGGCAAGCCGGCUCCGAGCACCCAGGUCGCGAAACGUGCGCGAAAGGACCCUCCGAGCACCCAGGUCGCGAAACGUGCGCGAAAGGACCGGCUGAACCUCUGGAGUAAACUGGAGAGGGCCCAAAAGGAUUUCGUGCAGCGCAUAGAGGGGGGGCUUCAAAAAGGGAAAAAGUCAAGGGAUGCGGAAGCAAAGAACUUACACGAAAUACGUGAACGGCGUGAGCGUGCCCUGGAUGCUGUCGAUGCGCUAAUCCGGAAAGGGCAAACGCCGCAGGCAGAUGUAGUUAUGGGCAUACCCAAAUAGACGGAUGAGGCAAUCACACGAAACCGAGCGCGCACCACGGCACUGUCAUGGUCGUAGCUGAAGCUUCUUCAAUGAACGCGCCGAGCCUGGGUAUACAGAACCACGAGUCCCUUAUUGCAUAGUGGAGCCGGUAGUUCUAGUUUCUGUGUGUCUUACUCACGUUGUGGAAGCAGUAGCUGUGGGUGUGGCCUGUGGAAGAUAUGUUGCUAUUGUGCCUGCACUACUUCGUUAUUUGCGCUACACAAGAGCGAAUAUUGAGUGUUGGCCAGAGCGAGGCGCAGCACACUAUCUCUGUACAGACUAGAAGCAGCUCGGGACCAAAUGGAAAUGGCUACUUAUGUUGAUCACGAUCCUGUGGUUCACGGGAAGAGACCACGAGACCACAAGGAAGAAAAACGUCGUUCUCGAAGAUUGAAUUUGUGCGUCCCUGGAUCCAGGACGUUUGUUGCUUGUUAUUCAUAGUAUUAGAAAUGCCUCGACCUUUACCUUUACCUUUUAUCUUUUGCCUAGGUAGGUACCGCGACAGUAUUGAAAAUGAAUUAAAAUACAUGUGGUCUAAACUACCUCAAGAAUGGCUACACUACUAUUACUACUACUACUACUACUGCUACUACUAUUUGAUAACAAAAGUUUAUACCGUUGUGUGACUAAUAAAGCAGAUAUAACUGGCUCCACCGAGUAGGGGAAAGGAGUGAUCCAUGCUUGUGUUCAGUUUCGAAUAGGC